AACAAUCGGUCGGGCGUGUUCUACAUAAUCAACCGUAAAGCUUUGAUAGUCACACACGUAAACAAAGUUAUGGAUACAAUACCAAAAGAUAAUUUUAUCGAGUUCAAUACAAACACUCUUGAGUUUAUCAGAAAACAAUAUGAUUUGGAAACACCAGAAAGAAUUGAGGAAGCUAUCAACCUAUUAGAAGAUUGGAUAAAGAAGCAACCUCAUUUUAUGAAAAAAGACUUUUCAAGAGACUACUUGGAGAGAACAAUAAUCAUAUCCAAAGGAUCUGUGGAAAGAGCUAAAAUCAAGCUUGACAGACUUUGUACUUUUAGAACAAUAUAUCCUGAGUUUUUCGAAGUACACGAUGUUAGAACUCUUAAAACUAUAAAUGAUUUACAAGGCGUUUUUCUUCCAAAAAUGACAUCGGAUCAUUACAGAAUCUAUUUAGCAAAAAAUAAAGCAAAAUGUUUCGAAAAAGGAUUACAUGACUUUUAUCGAUAUUUCUUUAUGCAAUGUGAGUACAUCCAAGCUCACGAUUACUGUAACGGAGUAGUGGUCAUACUCGACUUUCGAGACGCAAAUGUGAUGGAAACGCUGAAAGUUCUCAACGUCACCGAUAUGCGGAAUGCAUUGGAUGUUAUGAAGGAUGGAUAUGGUAUGAGAAUAAAUGGAUUACACUUUCUAACAGAUUCGAAGGCGAUGGAUGCUAUCGUCAAUGUAUUCAAGCAAGUAUUCAGUGCAAAGGUAGCCGGAAGAUUACUAACACACACAAGUUUGGACACAUUAUACCAGUAUGUGCCUAAAGACCUUUUACCCAAGGAAUAUGGUGGUAAAGAAAAAUCUUUCACCGAAAUCCAAGAUAAUUUUCUAGUUGAACUUGCUUCCAAAGAAUUUACUGCUUACUUGAACGAAAUGAGUAAAGCUUACACUAAUCAAGAUCUGCGAAGAGACAACGACGGUUACGAUUUGGGUCUACAGGGCUCUUUCAGAACAUUAAGUGUUGACUGACCCGCAUAUCUUGCGAACUACUGCACCAUAUAUUAUAAUCCUUUUUUUUAUUCGUUUUUGUCAAUCAGACUAAUAUCAAUAAUUAUUCAGAAGAUUGUAUAAAAGAAAAUAAAAAAUCGUUUUCCUCAUUACAAAAAAUAUGGCGGCGUGAAGUUCACCGGGUCAGCUAGUUUUUAAUUGAUUGGUGUUGUUUAGGAGAUUAAGAAAUAAACUAUACAAAUUUUUUGAA